CAUCCGUCAAAGCAUUUCCGUAUAAACUCAUUCGCCCCGUAGACACUAAACCGUGAACUAUCGCCCCUGUUACCAACUGGAUCCGAUGCAGGCAGUGAGUGCAGAUCUAAGGGCGCCAGAAGCCACUCCGGGGGACCUCAAGAGAAUCAGCCUAAACAUCGAGGUUCUUGAAGAGUUUGCCCAAAAUAUGUCCCGGAACAUAAUCCAGUCUUUCGUGAGCCAAAUAGAAAUGGAGGAGGACUGCAUGACGUCCAAAUGUAUUCAGAACCAGUUAGUUGAAGAGUUCGCCUCAGCGGUGGUUGAUUUGAGAGAAGUUUGGAGAAGUCAAAACAUCGAGGACCACCAAGAUGGUUCCAAGAGUUCAAGAUCAACUGUGGAGAUGGAUCCAGACCUCCAGACCUCCAGAGAGACUUCUCGCCCACCUUUCCCCCAGUCGGGGCUGCCCAUCGUGGGAUCCAUCGAUUACCCCGACGCCCCUCCAACCACGCCUCUCCUCCCAGAGCUCGAGAAGAACCGACAAAGUUUCGACAGGAAGCUAAAAGGAGGCUUGGCGAAGGUUUUCCUGCCUUCACCUCCACCCACUACCCCGAAAUUCAAAGACUCUGACGGAGACCCCAACGACCCCCAGGCGGAGUUGAUGGAGCAUCUGAUGCUCUCGCUGUCCACGGAUGACUUGGAGAGAGAUUAUUUGCCGGUAGGAUCUCAACGUGGAGCCAAGAUGGAGGCUUUUGCGGAGGGUCUUUCGUGCGACAUCAUUGACUGGGUGUUGAGCGAUGAAAACGAAGAAAACAUGGCCGACGAUAGCGAUCUCCACGUGCUCGCCCACCAACUGGCUGAAACCAUCAUCACUUCCUCCCUUGAUGAAGCUAAGAUGCUUGUGUAGUAUAUUAAUGUGAUUUAUGGCAUAGACACACAAAAAUAUUGAAAUCAACCCACACAUUACCUCCAGGCUGACUGCCAAUGUCUCGUUGAAAUGUGAUUUACUGCGAUAAUAUUGUUUUAUAUUAUGAUUUAAAUUGUCUGUCAGAGUUUAUCCCCAAACAUAGUUCAGGUAAAGCUCAUCCAGAGGAGAGUGAAAUAUUACCCGUAGAUAUUACAAAAAGUGAGCAUGCAGAGAUCCAACAAAAAGACGGUUUAAUCGUAGGUAAAACUAAAUCUGGCACUUUUAAUGACACAUAUUUCCUGGAUGCUGUUUAUUAUAGAGGCUGAAUGAAGAACCUGAGGUAAGGGUUUGAGUCCAAGAUGGAUAAAAAAGAGAAGUGCAUUGGCAGUAGAACUAAUAGUUGUUUAUGUCAUUUUGACUGGGAUCCAACUACAAUACCCAUAAAUGUCCUGUAGAUGGCGUCACAGGAGUAAUGGGUUUCUUCAGCAUGAGGUCAGUGAGGGUCAGCGGAGGUAUUACCUAACAACAAUUGGAUAUAUGUGUGCCAGAUUGUUGAAUGUGUCUUUUAAAUAGCUUGUGUUGUUUGCCUGGGUUUGUUUUUUUUAUUUAUAUAAUCAAUGCUGAUAAUAAAAACGUUAUUUUUGAA